UGAUUGACGAAGCACAAGAUUGUUUCUCAACCUGGUGAUGGUGAACGCGAUGGCAGUCCGCUCAUCGGCCUCGGAACGGAAGCAGGGAAGCCGCGAGCGGACGGGCCUUGGACGAAGACGUUGGAGAGAGAGAAUGCGCAGGGGGCAGAAGCAACACUUUGUACCUCUCUCACUCACUCUGACUCCACUCCGUAUCUGCCUCGUUCCUCUCCAACGAUGGCACAGCUCUUUGCCAAGGACCCUCGAAGCGGUGGCCUCUUCAUUGGGGGCCAACGUCUCGUGGGAGCAGAGAUUCGUGACCAGAAUGUCCUCGCGGCGCAGCAGAUUGCAAACGUCGUAAAGUCGUCGUUGGGACCAGUGGGACUUGACAAGAUGCUCGUCGAUGACAUCGGAGACGUCACAAUCUCAAAUGACGGCGCUACUAUCUUGCAGCUCCUCGAAGUUGAGCAGCCCGCGGGAAGGAUCCUCGUCGAGCUGGCCCAGCAGCAGGACAAGGAAGUCGGCGAUGGCACAACUUCCGUCGUCAUCAUCGCCGCCGAGCUCCUGCGACGGGCAAAUGAACUCGUAAAGAACAAGAUUCAUCCCACGACAAUCAUCACUGGAUAUCGUCUCGCCUGCCGCGAAGCAGUCAAGUACAUGCAGGACCAGCUGGCCACAAAAGUCGAACGCUUGGGCAAGGAGAGCCUCAUCAACGUCGCCAAAACGUCGAUGUCAUCAAAGGUCAUUGGCAGCGACGACGACUUCUUUUCCAAGCUGGCAGUUGAUGCCAUGCUCGCAGUCAAGACGAUCAACCCGCGCGGAGAGACCAAGUACCCCGUCAAGGCAGUCAACGUCCUCAAGGCGCAUGGCAAGUCAGCGAGGGAAUCAAUGUUUGUCAACGGUUAUGCUCUCAACUGCACCGUCGCCUCUCAAGCCAUGAAGACUCGCAUCAAGGGUGCCAAGAUUGCGCUCCUCGACAUCAAUUUACAUAAGCAGCGCAUGCACAUGGGCGUCCACAUCACCAUCGACGACCCAGAGCAGCUCGAGAAGAUCCGUGCCAGGGAGAGCGAGAUCGUGUUGGAGCGGGUCAGGAAGAUUCUUGCCUCGGGCGCAAAUGUGGUACUCACCACAAAGGGCAUCGACGACCUGUGCCUCAAGGAAUUUGUCGAGGCUGGCGCAAUGGCGGUGAGGAGGUGUCGCAAGGAGGACCUGCGCCGUAUCGCAAAGGCGACGGGCGGACAGCUGGUUUCUUCUCUCGCCAAUCUUGAGGGAGAGGAGACCUUUGAAUCGUCCAACCUCGGUCACGCGGAAGAGGUAGCACAGGAGCGCAUCAGCGACGAUGAGCUCAUCCUCGUCCGAGGAACAAAGACCGUCUCCAGCUCCUCAAUCGUGCUGCGCGGCGCAAAUGACUAUCUGUUGGACGAAAUGGAGCGAGCCCUGCACGACACCCUCUGCGUCGUCAAGCGCACCCUUGAGUCGGGCUCCGUCGUACCCGGAGGAGGAGCAGUCGAAUCGGCCCUGUCCAUCUACCUGGAGAACUUUGCCACAACUCUCGGGUCGCGCGAACAACUGGCAAUUGCCGAAUUUGCACAGGCUCUCCUUGUCAUCCCCAAGACUCUAGCAGUCAAUGCAGCGAAGGACUCGACGGAUCUGGUAGCAAAGCUGCGCGCCUACCACAAUGCGGCGCAAUCUGCUCCGGCGGGAGAUGCUAAGAAGGCGCUGCGAUUCUAUGGGUUGGACUUACUGCAGGGGACGGUCAAGGAUAACUUGAAGGCGGGCGUAUUGGAGCCGACGGUCAGCAAGGUCAGGAGUCUCAAGUCGGCGCUCGAGGCAGCGACGAGCUUGUUGAGAAUCGAUGCGUCCAUUACUUUGCCUCCGCCGGAGGAGAAGCCGGACCCGCAUGCGGGGCACUAGGUGCGCCGGGAAUCGUAGGAGGAGGAUGGCUGUAGAGGAGACAUAGAGCAAGAGGGGACAGUGCGAUGAGAGCCAUGCAUGGCUCGUCUGUACGACCGUCGUAGACACGCUCAAUGGCCAUCGAACUUCUCCUGCGCAGAACGAUGAGUGCAACAUCUGAUCCUGUCCGCCGCAUCUUUGCGGUCUCGAGUCUGGCGCUCCGAAGAGGCGAGAAGACAUUGCGCGUGCCGUCACACCGCUAUGAAGAAGAAAUGCUGUGCGAUUUG